AUGGACUACCCCCCGCGCAACCCGGGCGAGGCCGGCGACCCCGGUCAGGCACAGCCCGACAGCGGGCAGGGGGGCAUGAACCCCGCCACGCUCCAGGCCCUGCUCGCCGCAUCCGCCCGCAGCUCGGCCUUCGGGCCCGUGGGCGGGCAGCUGCCCCACCCGCCCCCCUUCCCAACGGAGCCGGGCCCGGGCCAACAGCUGGGCCCCAGCUCCAUGCACCUCUUCAACCAGCUGCUGGGCCAGCCCGGCCUGGCCCACCUGGCCGGCUACCCCGACUCCGGGCCACCCUCCGGCCCGGGCCCGGCCCCAGGCAACGCCCCCCCCUCCCCCACCAGCGGCGGCGACGGCGGGGGCGGCAAGAAGCAACGCACCCGCGCCGGCCCCUCCCCCUCCUCCUCCUCCUACGCCUCGCGCCACCAGCAGGCAGAGGCGCGGCGCCGCUCGCGCAUAAAUGACCGCCUGGAGGCGCUGCGCGAGGUGGUCCCCCACUCGGAGCGCGCCAACACCGCCACCUUCCUGGAGGACGUGCUCAAGUAUGUGCGCGCCAUGCAGCGCCGCAUGGCCGAGCUGGAGGCGCAGCAGCCGCACGCCUGGCCCCCGGGCAUGCAGGCCGCUGCCGCGCAGCAGCAGCAGCGCGGCAUGGGGCACAUGGAGCAGGACCCCGGGGCCAUGUUCGGGGCCCAGGCUGGCCAACCGGCGGCGCAGCUGGCGCAGGCGCAGGCCGCGCAUGCCGCUUUCGCCGCACACGCGCAGGCGCAGCAGGCGGCGGCCUCGGGUCUCGCGGGGAGCAAUGAGGAGGAAGAACGGGCCAAGCAAGCUCAAGAGGUCGGCGCUCAGGCGCCCCUGUGA